UCUCAAACUUUACCCGUUUUAAGUCAACUAUGGGUACGUGGUACAUAACCAACGGUUUGCUUCCUCGCGUAGUAAAAUUAGUGAACGAUCGACUUUAAAAGACUACUUAUAAUAAUAACAAGCCGGACACACACUAUGCUUCCCCGCAGGCAGGACUUCGGGAUGAAAAAGUCCGGAGGAGCGCGCAACAGCUCGGUUAUAAACUUUAGGUCAACGGUGAUCCCAGGCUCGGUCCGCCGGAGCUCCGCGGUUCUGCCCUCGGUUCUUACCUUCCUGGUGAUCGUAGCGUCCGGAGGCCUGCUGCUCAUGAUAGAAAAAGGAAUGCUGAACAGCAUGGAGACGCCUCCACCUCGGGGGACCGGGAAGCGCCUGGACUUCAUGCGACAAGUCGUGAGGCACAGCCCGGGUGCUGAGGACGUGGACUCUCAGAUCCUUCAAGAGAUCCGUAACCGAACCAUCAGGUCCAUGUGCAGCCAGAAGAACAUGCCUCACAGCAUCAUGUCCCUGACCCCCCUGCAGAGGAAGACGCUGCUGCAGCACAUCCUGGUGAACGAUCAGUACCACUUCCUGUAUUGCUACGUCCCCAAGGUGGCCUGCUCCAACUGGAAGAGGGUCCUGAAGGUUCUGAACGGGGCUCUGGAGAACGUGGACGUCAACAUCAAGAUGGACCACCGCAGCGACCUGCAGUUUUUGUCCUCUUUUAAACCCGAGCAGAUCCAAUAUCGCCUCAAGCACUACUUCAAGUUCAUGUUUGUACGGGAGCCAAUGGAGCGCCUGCUUUCUGCAUACAGGAACAAAUUUGGAGAGAUUGAAUCUUACCAGAAAAAGUACGGCGUGGAGAUCGUAAAGCGGUACAGGAAAACUCGUGCUAAGGACGCACCUGUUAAAGGAGAUGAUGUGACGUUUGCAGAGUUCGUCCGUUACUUGCUGGAGGAGGACGCAGAGCGCAUGAAUGAGCACUGGAUGCCGGUGUACAACUUAUGCCAACCCUGUGCUGUGUCCUAUGACUUCAUCGGCUCCUAUGAGCACCUCGAAAGGGACUCUGAGUUUGUCCUCCAGCGCAUUCGAGCGCCUCCUCAUGUUCGCUUCCCUGAGAGGCAAACGUGGUACAAGCCGGUCACCACGGAGACGUUACAUUAUUAUCUGUGCACGUUACCACCGAAGCUACUGAGGGAACUCCUCCCCAAAUACAUUUUAGACUUUUCCCUCUUUGCUUAUCCUCUCCCCAACACAACCACUGAACACUGCCGGCAUUAAAUGUGCAAUGUUUCAUAGCUUUGAGAGAACUUUUUUAUAGAGCAUUAUUUUUUACUACUAGGGAACAAACAGCAUUUUAAUAGUUGUUACACAUUUUUACUUGAGAUGUUCUAAUAUCAUCGCAAAAUGCAGAUUAUUGGUAAAAGAUGGAGUCUUAACUUCAGAACCACUAAAUCUUGAGAUUAGCUGAAGACAAAGAAAAAAAUACAUGAACGUCUUUGUCAACAUGUUCCUGUCAUGCACUGUUACAGUAAACAAACCGUUACAGUAUAUAAUGAUGCAGCUGUACGUAAGGUUGUCAGGCCAAACUUUGUAUUUUGCUUGUCUUCUACACUAUCGGAGAAGCUAAAGGGUUAACAGCUUCUGUGGGCCUUUGGUGGUUUAGCAGGCUAAAACACAAACAAUUUGCUCACUGAGUCUUUGUGUGUUUUCAUUCUAUGUCGACCACUCCUCCACAAUCUGUCCCCCAUCUUUACCAAAGCUUUGAACUGUUUACCCCAUUAUUAAACAGAAACUGACGUUUUGUGAUAACUGCA